ACUUGUCCUGCCGUUAAGAUUGCUCAUGACGUCACGAACUCAAACCAGCUUGAGAGCAAGAAUCCGCGAGAAUACGCCCGACUUGCGCAAGUGUUUGUUUUCGGGCGAGCAGAAGGAAGCGAAUGGCCGAGGCGACGACGUAGCGCCACUUGCUUAGGACGGGGCUGCACUUCCGACCCGCGCACUCAUGCUGGACGCCACAAACAACAUGGACGAGGACGUUAAAGUGCUAGAAGUGGUGUCGGACGCCGAGGAAGUGGCCGAGGCCAUGGAGAGCGAGCACGAAGAGGGCGAGAUCAGCGAGGACGACGACGAUGACGAAGUGGGCCUCCCUGGCCAGCAGCACUUCCCUCACCACUAUCCCUCAGGUGGGCCUCCCUCAGAUUACCACAAGGAAAGACAACCAGGAAAAAAUGCUUCAGCAACUUCUGCAGUUGUCAUCUAUGAUGACCGUGGACGCACAGCCAUUUUCACCAGUCCCAGGAAAAAUUUACGAGCUUCAGGCUCAUAUAAGAGAAGGGCAGACUCAGGAAGAAGAUGGAAGCAGGAAGAAAUGGAAAAGCGAAGGCAUAAGGAUGAUGAAGCAAGAAAGCACCAGAAAGAUAAUGGUAUGGGUAGGAAGUGGCAAAUAUUAGACAAUGAAGGUGGGGCUUCUGGAGCUUCGACCAAGAGGACUAAAUACAUGCGACAGGGAUUAAGGCGACUCGGGUCCUCAGCGGGAUGGGAAAGUGACAAGGUUCCAGGAGCCAAGAAUAAACGGUCUCUUGAUCAACCCAGACAUUUGGUGGCGCACAGGAGCCACACCAGCAGCUCUGACAGUGACUCCUCGUAUUGCAGCUGCUCCUCGUACUCUUCAUCCAGCCACAGUGGUAGUGACUCCCCUGUGCAGAGGCGAGGGAGAGGUAAAGAGAAUAAACGAUCUGGAACAGCAAGCAGAGCACGUUCAAGAUCACCUGAGCAAGGUUUCAGUUCCACCAAGAAAAAAUUGGCUUAUAAAAAAUCUUCAGAAAAGUGGCCAUCCAAGAAGUCGCCUCCAUGGGCACCACCAGUCACCCAGGAUAAAGAGAGCACAAGAGCAUCCUCCCCUGCUGAAGCUGCUAGCAAAAUCUCAAAGUCCUGGGGAAAUGGCAGGAAAUCACCUCGCCCAUACAUGCGCCAUACUCUCCCUACCUCAUCUAGUAGAAAAACUGAAGUAAAAGCAAGCCACCACAAAACCAACAAAAGUAAAGCAAAGGAGAAUGUUGUAAAAAUCAGUGAUGAUGAAUCUGACGAGAAAUGUGACAAAUCACCAAGAGCAAAAUGUGAUACUUCACCCAAAGGAAAUGGAGGAGAAGUUCCCCUUAUAUCAAGCCAGAAACAGCUUCCAAGGGGUAGUUUUGGAGAAAUGCUCUUAAAAAAGACACUGAAAGGCAAACUAAAGGUUUGCCCACUAGCUAACAAAUCUGUAGAGAAAGGAGAAACUUCAGGAGAGGCUGGGGGUAGCAAGAAAGAAGAAAUAUCUGAAAUAAGCGAAGUGUUGCAGCAGGACUGCGAUACAUUAGACCAAGAAGAUGAAGAUGAACUUCAGCUAAGAUUGAUUGCCCUUCAGUCAUCUUUGAAGGUACUGAGUGACGUAAGGAGAGAAGGUUGCCAGUCCAUAAACACUGGGAAUAUGGUUGUUGACCUUUCAUUGUCUUUGCCUCAAGACAGCAUAGAUCAGCCAUUGGAAAAGGAAGAAGAAGGGAAAGAAGCAGCAUCUAGUGAUCUUCCUGAUCAGAGAAAUAGUGAAAAUAUUGGUGAUUUUCAGGAUCAGUUACCAGAUCAUCACAUACUCUUGCAAUCCGAUGCAGAAAGCUCAACACCCUUGAAAAACAAUCAGAGUUUUGAUACAAGAUUAGAAGAAAGCACUCCAAAGGAGGAUGAGGUGGACCUUAUAUUGGAUGAUUUAAGUCAGAGCUCAACAAGAUCGCAGCCAGGUUCAAGUAUCACUGGACUAGAGCUGGAAUUGGAUGCCAUAUCAACAAAUAAAAGUUAUCUGGAUGACGGUGAAGACAGUACAAGACAGCUUGCCACAAAUAUUGAAGAACAGCUGCAAAGAGAAAUUAAGGAUCUUGCAGACUCUAAUCAGGAUCCUGUUGAUAUGGAUAUAUGUGAUAGUUCUCCAAGUGAGGAAGAUGAAAGUUUCUUUGAUGAAGACAUCUUGAAGGAUACAGGAGAAGACAUCUCUUUGGAUAAGGUGUCUUCACCUGACCCAUCAUCUGCUCCUAACAUAGGGUCACAGGCAAAGGAUUAUCCAGUGCCUGUCCUAGAUCCAGGAGGACAGGAAAGUUUUCAUCAUAACAGUAGCAACAGCACCAAAAGUAGUAGUAAUAAUAACAGUAAUAGUAAUUUCCAAAUCCCAGUGGAAUGGGCCUAUAUGAUGCCACCUCCUCCCCCACCUGACCAGCCACCCAAUGAUAUUAGUAACAUCAAUAAUUGGUGCUAUGAUCAGAACAUGUAUCUCCAGACCAUGCAGUCUUCCUAUGAUUCAAAUGAGCAGUAUCAGCAGUACAAUUCAUAUGGAACUCCCACUUCUGACUGGGGACUACAGCCUCAGCAACCUACACAGUGGAAUGAAUCAAAGCCAGAGAGUUUUGAAAACACAUCAGAACAGACAGAAAACAUCCAAGAGAAAACUGAAACACCAGCUUCUCCUGAUGCAACUAGUAAAACACUCACACCUGAAAAAGAAGAACCAAAUCCAGACAACAGCCCACAGGAAGAUUUAAAAGAUCUUCCAGCAGAACAUUACCAAGCCUUCAUGUCUGCAGUACUUAACCAGCAGAAGACACGGCAGAAGAAUAGUGGCACACAAAGAAACUUAAUUGAAGUGCAAUUAAUCAAAUAUGGCAGUUCAUCCAAUGACCAGGAUGAGGCUGUGAAAAAGGCUUCUUCAGGUGCUGGUACCAGUGGUGGAGCUGUGCUGCAGGUGAACAAAAGAUCAAGGGCUAGAAGGAGAAAACGAGAAAGACAGAAAGAAAAAUUAAAGCAGCUCAAACAGUUGAAGGCACAGGAAAAAUUGGUAAAGGGGAAGGAAUCCGUUGUUCAGAGUGAUCUCCAACCGGGACUUGAUUCAGUGCCAAGUGUUUCUGAAGAUGAAGAUGAAGAUCUCCUAAGGGCACAGCUUUUAAUUGACCUUUCUCGGAAGAAGAACCAAAAACAGGUAGAACCUGUGGUAGAACUUCCAAAAUCAUGUCUCUCUGAUUAUCAAACAGUGACUGCAGAUAACAUCCAAGCCGCCCAUCAGGAUAGGUUCGAUUCUCAUUCUUCAGGCUACACGGGCCAUGAAAGCACACCACCUCAGAGCUACCCCUCAUCACUAGAGUCUUGUCCGAGGUUGAGACCAGUGACCAAGACAGCUGUUGUGAAGAUGCAUCAACAGGCAAGGUUUAGAGAGAAUAGCCCAACCCAUAAAGUGAAGGUCAACUUGAGACAUGGCUUGUCUGACAUAGGUGGCAUUAGCUUAGAUCCAAAGAGCAGUAGAUAUGAUUAUCCCAUUCCAAAAGACAAUCACAGCCAGAAAGACAUGCCCAAGUUUAAAUUUCCUAAUAUCAAGCCUGUUAUUAUCAAUUUGGAAUCUGAUUCCGAUGAUGAGAAUGAAGAGGGUGAGGAGAGCUGCCAGGAUAGAGCCACUGAUGAGCCACAACCUUCAGGCAGUGGUGAAGGUGAUGGAGUCUUAAGCUCAAGCAUAGAUCUUUUGCUUAAAAGUAUGAGGAAUGCCAACAAGCCCGAGAAGAAUGCCAAACCAAGCACACAAGUUAAAAAAGGAUCAGCCCUCGCAAAGAAAACCCCAGUACGAAAAGCUCCUCAGUCGUACAGCACUCCAAAUGUGGUGCGUCAUCUUAGUCGAACACAGCAGGUUGAAUACCGUAGGUUAAAGGAGCAACUCAGACAAAAGGAAAUGCUUCAGAAGAAGCGACAGGAACUGCUUCUACGGCAGAAAGUACUCCAGAAGAAAAUGGCUUCUGCUGCAAGAAUUUCUCCUGAGAGCCCUCAGUCAGGGGACAAUGGAGGAGAAAUGAGUGAUGGAGGGGCUGCUCGAGACCUACCAUCAGUAAACAUUCCACAGGUUAAAAGUCAGACCCCCUCAAGGACAGAAGAGGAAUUCUGUGACCCAGCUGAUAAUGGGGGUAACCUUCAGAUUCAGGGGGAGACCCCACCACUGCCACAUUCUGCUUUGCAAGACACAAGGGAAGUGAUUAUAAAGGAAACAGGUGGUUUGCAGAUACAGCUCGCAAAUGUCAAUAGAGAUAAAGAUUUAGGAAGCAAUACAGUUAGUGCAGAUGAAAGUUGCCAAGGUGGGUCUGGCACUGUGAAAAAUGUGGAGAUGAGGAAAGAGAGAGAUUUAUCAUGUGUAGGUUCUCCAGCAGAGGAUGAAGAUGAAGAGAUGCUUAGGUUGAUGGUACUUAAGACGCUCCAGAAAAAAGUAAUUGACAAAGAAAAAUCAAAUGAUGAAGAAAAUUGUGAAAGUGUAGAUGCUGAUAGUAAAAGUGAAAAGAAUGAUGGGUCAUUUAUAUCAUCAGAUUCAGAAAUACUGAAGGUUGUCAUACAUCAAAGGAUAGAUGAUGUGCCAACUGAUGAGAAGGAAACAAUUGAAAAGGCAGUAGAAGUGGCUGCUCGCAGUGUUGUUAUUGAAAAUCAGACUGAUUUGCUGGAAAAUAGUAAAGAUGUACAUCAGGAUGGAGAUGUAAAUGGUGGGGAGUGGAUGGUUCUCGAUGAGGUGUUGGAAGAAAUUGAUGAAGGUAAUGGAGAAAAUGCCAACAGUGAAGAGUUGGCAGUGGUUAAGGAGGAACAUGGCAACAAAGUGAAAAAACUGCUAAUUAACGAGGAAGAUAAUGGGCCUACUUUAGAAUGUAAGGAGACAGAAGGACCAGAAAGUGAAAGUGUCUCAAAAACAAGUGAAACUGAAUGUCUUGUUCAAGAGGCAAAAAAUAACAAUGAAUGUAACAAUUUCAGUCAGUUAAUGGAGUCUGAAAAUACUGAAGUAGAAAAUCAAACUCCUGCUGAUCAUGCUCAAGAUUUAGCUGACAGAAAUUUGAAUGAGGAAAUAGAAGAUUCAAGAGAAAAUGAGGUAAAGCAAAGUCAUAAUGGGGAGAGGAUGGACAGUGGAAAAAGUGAAAUGGAGGUAGCUAGUGGUAGUGCUAAAGAAACAUUAGGAAACAGUAAAGAUGAUGAAAGGUACAAAGGUAAAGAUACUCAGCAAGUGCCAAGUAAAGUGUCAAAGAAAUCUACUAAAUCUGUAGAUGAACCUGUAGAUGGUGUCUUACCUUUUACAACUCAAGAACAUUCCAGCAGUGAAAAUACUGAAAAACGGACUGAAGUUGUGAUUGCAGACAAAUCACAAGAUGAGGAUAACAACAGUUUAUCAGCUGGCAAAGAGGAGCUGGCAAGUUCUAUUGGAAUAUCAUGUGUCAGUGGUGAGCAAGACAGUGAAUCAGCUGAAAGGAAAGCGAAUGCAGAGGUCAGUUCAGGAACAGAAAUGAAAACUCUUAAUAGUAUAACCAGUGAGAAUAACUCAAAUAUCCAAACUAUACAAAAGCAAGUACAGAUACAUGGGGAUGUGGAAGGGAAGAAAAGUCUUGAACAUUUGUCAGAAAAAAUAGAAAAGAACGAGCAGUUAGAAAAAGAUAUUUUAUCGGUAUCUGAAAGUACAAAAACCUUAAAAGGGUCUUCUGUAUGUAGCACAUCUGUAAAUAAUACGAUAGGACAACAAAGUGCCAUUAGAACCCAAAACUCUUUGCCAGCAGCUUUACAAAAACAAAAAAGUAAUGCAGUUGGAAACACUUCCAAAUCAAGUAGUUUAAGUGAUGUAGAUGUGUCAAGAAAACCAGUAAGAACUAAGAGGUUACUGUUGCUGAAGAGAGUGGAACAUGAAUACACACAAAAAAGGAUUGCUAUGAAUGAAGUGAUAUCACAGCUGGCUUCCCUAGUUCAUGAGGCGACAGAAGAAGAGCGACAACGGCAGUCUUUAAAGUCGACUAUCACCAAGUUACGGGAAAAGUUGGGCCAAAUGGAGACACAGCUCGAGGACAAAGCCAGCAAACUCAAGGCCAAGAUGGCAAGGAUUCGAAAUCUUCAAACCCAAAUAACCAAAGAUCGUGAAGAGAUAAGCCAGCUCGAACACAAGGGAGAGAUACUUGGAAAGAAGGAACUUGGGAGUGAUUACAAAUUGCCAAAAGUUUUGGGUUCUCCCCAUUCAAAGUCAAAGGAUCAUAUGAGAAAGAAACAGCUUGCACACAACAUAGAUGCUCUUCGUCAGCAGAUUGGCCAGGUGUACAACAGGCAGAUGUACAGUAAGACCCAAGCUAGACUAGAGGCUAAAACAAAAGCUGUUGAGAAGCAUAUUUCCCCGCUAAUUAAUGUUGAUAAGGAGGAGGGUACUUCUGUAAGGAGAAAAGUGUUACAGUCAGGCCAGGCACCUGUGGGCCAAAACCUGAGUCCUGGCAAUGGUGUGAGCCUUCACGUUGCGACUUCACUCAGCGCAACGCAUAAUGUAAAUGUUAGUGUAGCAUGGAACAAAAAGCUUUUUGAUAGUACAUUAAAUAUGCAAAGUGCUGUAAGUAUUAAGGGGGCUCCUUCCAUGAUUAAGAAUAAGGGGAAACGUAAAAUAAUGCCAGACAACGGAAAUGCAAUAACAAAGGCAGCUAAGACAGAAAAUGUUUGUGAAUCCAAGGGUACAGAAAUGGGAGCAAUUAUUGAUAACAAAGCUCAGGAAGCAAAUGAGAACCUGCCUACAAGAGAAUUAGACUGUAAAACAGAGACAGUGCAUCCAGCCAGCCAGCAGAGUGCCAUGGGUGAUACAGAGAAUGUUUCGUUUGAGGAUAAACAGAGGCAGAAACUCGUUUCUUCCACAAAGGAGCAGAACAGGUCAUUGGAUGUUACAGAGAGGAUAGAUGAAAUGAACAUGCUGUGUCCCUAUGAUUUGUUGGGCCGCUGCAACGACGAUUCCUGCUCAUAUCAGCAUCUGAGACCUCCAAGUCAUUUGACCAGUAAGACUACUGAGAUUCAAGGGGAUCCUACAGGUUUGUCAAGCCACACAUCUGUUUCAGAAAGACAAGGGGCAUUAGAAGAAUGUACGGUAAGAAUAACGUCCUCAAAUGAAACGGAGCCAAAAGAUCCUUUGACAAACAGUGGUAGUGCUGAAAAUAUUGAUGGAAAAGUGGAUCCAGAGCAGACUAUUCCUCAGGUAGACUGCAAAGUGGAUGGCCUUCAAGUCAUAGUAAGUAAUAGUCAGAUGCCUUGCAGUGACAAGGCUGAUAGUAACCUUAAUCUGUGCCAAACAAAUAAGGAAGAUUUUAUUUUUGUAAAACCAACUCAGCUUUGUGGGGAUAGUGAAGAAAUUUCAGAGGCAUUUAUGUCAGCUUGUGACAGGUCAGAGAAAUUAAACCAGGAAGCAGAUAGUAUUAUAGAGCAAAUAGCAUUAACCCCAUGUAUUUACUCUGAACAGAAGAAUGAGACAAGUGAGAAAUGUGAAACUAUAGUUUCUUUGAAAGAAGCAGUUGAAGAAUCUGAGUUAUUAAUGGUCAACAAUGAUAAACAUAGAAAUUUGCAUUCAGCAUUGCCACUUCAUUUGAAAGAAGGCUUGCCUGAGGUUUUGGAGGAAUUUUCAAAGGAAAGUCCAUCAGAAAUCAAUACAGAUAUCAAAAGUGUACCUGAGACAGAUAUCAAAGAUGAAUUACCAAAGGAUCUUCUUGAGGAGAAAAUACAGGAGUCUGAUGAGAAAGAAGAUUCAGGAGAGUCAGCUGCUCAGGUACUCCUAUCCAUAGGUGAAAAGACCAGCUCAGCAGAGCAAGAGGAUGAGAUGAAAGUAGAAGUUAAAGAGGCCUCAACCAUUGCUUUGAAGAAGAAGAAAACUCUUCCAAAGAGGAGUACUCCAAGGAAGCGUACAAGGAACUCAGACUUAACCUUAGAGCUUGAUGUGCUGUCUCAAAGUCCAGAGCCAACAGCAAGGAGGACGAGGCGAAGUAUUAAUCAAAAAGAUGUGUCCGGAGCACUGACAGCCACAAAUAGAAAUAGUUCAAAAAAGGAUCUAACGAAAGAAAGAUCCGCUCCUGUAAAAGCUUCCCCGAGAAGAGGAGGGCGCAAGACAAGAGGGGGCAAGAGAUAGAGGAGAGUAUGCCUGUAUCUUAUUUUUUUCCCUUCAUUAAAUAAUGUGUAUAAAGCUACAAGUCAUUUCAAGGGGACACUUAUUUAAGUAAAUAUUUGAAGAGUGGUUACAAGUUCUCCUUACAAGUCAUUGAUUUUGACUUCUGUAUAUGUAUGUGGAUUAUAUAUAUUUUUUUAUUUUCCUUUUAGGAAUAAAGAAAAACUUGCAUCUUAAGAUGAGCCAUCCCUCCUUCUUUUUCAUUUAAGGAAUAUAUAGUUUUGAUAUGUAUUGUUGAUAUUUGCCAAUUUUGUUCAUAACAUGGUCAGAUAUUUUUCCAACUUUUGAUUACCAAAUUUAUAAAACCAACUGGUGACUCACUAAACAGAGAAUUCAUGUAAAACAUUCUUGCAGUAAAAAUCUGCUGAUCCUACUUCAAGUUCAUUUACAAGGAAUUUUAUGCAGUUUUCAGUAUGAAAUAUUUAUUAGCCUUAUCAAAUAAUAUUAGCUUUUGGAGAUUUCAGUUUGUCCAUUGGAUCCACCACCCAUGUGCUGCCCACCUGCCGCUUGAGGGAAUUAAAAAGUCAUCGCUGGCAGGUGGCGCUGUUGGUGAUGGUGACGGUAGCGAUGUAGGGUAAGAUGUAUUAGACAACGACACCCAUCUUUUGGAUGACUGUAUACACUCACAAAUUUCUGUCACUAGAAUAAUUUAUUGGCUCUUAAAUUCAGUCUAGAUGAUUUUUGUUUUUGGCAAUUUCAUACUUUUUUCCUCUUUUUUUUUUUUUUUUCUCCUUUCCUUUUUUUUUUUAUUUUUUUUUUAUUUUUUCUUGUUAACUGUUGGUUUCUAGUUUAAAGUGUUUAUGGCUAUUUAGAAUUUUUUUUCUAAUUUCAUAAGUGAUUUUGUUUUGUCUUAAAAAAAAGUUUUUGCAUUCAAGCCCUCCACCAUGUUUCACAUGCCUUCUAGGUUUUGUCAAGUAAACAGACUAUGCAAAAUUCAUUUUAGUUUAGCUUUCUGGUGUUUUCUGGGCACUGCAUGUUCAUGGAAAUUUACAAGUUUGAACCUCACUCUUGUGACUUAGUUUUUUUUUAUUGGACAGUAAAAUCUUUAGAAUGUGAUUCAUAUAACCGGAAAUGCAACCUUGUGGUUCUAGCCUUGAGAGGAGUUUUGCUUGUGAAUAUGAUUAACUUUGUCCUACUGCAAAGAAUGACAACUUCCAUGGCUGUUGAUGCAACAUUAGACAUGUGAGGCAACGAACAGUGCUCAUGGUGACUGCCAGCCAGAUGAUUGCAGAGGAGGAAUCUGCUUUCAAGAACUCCAUUUCCACCAGAAGAGAAGGAAGUUAGGAUGGUGAAUGCAAGGCAAAAUGGUGUCUUUAAUUGAUGGUACCUGUGUUUGAUGUUCAUCUUUGGUUCAUCAUUUUCACUCAUCUGGUGCUGUAAGUACAAUCACUGCACAAAUAAUUUAUUUGUGCAUGAUUGGCUGUGAAUGUGUACAUAAUUUGUACAUAUGUUCUUAUUUACAAGAAAAUAAAUGUGGAAAUUAAA